AUGGCUCCGGCCGCGCCCACGUCCGCGUCGCCGCUGUCCCGCCUCCUCCUCCUCAGCCUACCGAAGCCCGGCUCGGCGAGGCACUCCCGCUCCUCCUCUCCUCCGCAGCCUUGCCCGGAAGCCGCCGCCGCCAGGAGCCCCGGCGCGGGCCUCGUCCUCCGGCGGCGCGAGGCUGCGGCCGCCGUGCUGUCGACCGCCGUCCUCUCCCGCUUCGUGCUCCCCGCUGCGGCAGGAGCUGCGGACGGUGGGGAGUGCCCGCUGGAGGUGGCGCCGUCCGGGCUCGCCUUCUGCGACCGCGUCGUCGGCACCGGCGCCGCCGCCCAGGAGGGACAGCUCAUCAAGGCGCAUUACACGGGGAGGCUGGAGGACGGCACGGUGUUCGACAGCAGCUACAAGCGCGGGAAGCCGCUCACCUUCCGCGUCGGCGUCGGAGAGGUGAUCAAAGGAUGGGAUCAGGGUAUCGUUGGCGGCGAAGGGAUUCCGCCAAUGCUUGCUGGGGGUAAGCGGACGCUGAAGCUGCCACCGGCGCUGGCCUACGGCGAGAAGGGGGCCGGGUGCAGAGGGUGGGAGCCCACCUCCUGCGUCAUCCCGCCAAACUCCACGCUCCUCUUCGACGUCGAGUACGUCGGCAGAGCCUCCGGCUGA